AUGUUCCACAUGACAAUGGAAAUCGAGAGCUUCAACUCUGACUUGAACCUUAAAAAGUGUGGAAUUACAUCUACUUCAGCUUCUGGUAUUACUGUAACUCAUGGAGAAAGAAAACUGAUUGAUCGAGCAUUGGAGGAGAGAAGAAAAGGUUUCCGACGGACUGGAACUGCUUACAUGUAA